GAAACGAUGAUGUCACCAGUUUUUGUAAUGUGUGACGUAGUACGCAGUGCCUAAAGAUUUUCAUUGUUUCCCAGAAAAACACCCUUCAAACUCAAAAUUAAUGAUGUUAUAACCUACGGUUGAUUGUGACCUGAUUGUUGUUCAUCAUGAGCAGACAAUCGUCUGCCACAAGUACAAAGAGCAGGGGGGUCGUCGGUCUGCCUGCAGCAGUUGCUGCAUCCAAUAGUAACAAUGACUUGGCUAGCUUGUUUGAGUGUCCAGUUUGCUUCGACUAUGCUCUACCUCCGAUUAUGCAGUGCCAGAGCGGCCAUAUUGUCUGUUCGAGUUGUCGCCCAAAGCUGAGCAGCUGUCCAACAUGUAGAGGACCAUUAGGUAACAUUCGUAACCUUGCCAUGGAGAAGGUGGCCAGUACUGUGAUGUUCCCCUGCAAGUUCUCCACGACUGGUUGUCCUGUUACUCUCCUACAUACAGACAAAACAGAACACGAGGAAACUUGUGAAUUCAGGCCUUAUUGUUGUCCAUGUCCUGGUGCUUCCUGUAAAUGGCAGGGUUCUCUUGAACAAGUCAUGCCACAUCUCAUGCACCAGCACAAGAGCAUCACGACGUUACAAGGUGAAGACAUUGUGUUUCUGGCCACGGACAUCAACCUCCCCGGAGCAGUUGACUGGGUGAUGAUGCAGUCAUGCUUCGGUCAUCAUUUCAUGCUCGUCCUCGAGAAACAGGAGAAGAUCGACGUGCAGCAGUUUUACGCCAUAGUCCAGUUGAUCGGGACGAGAAAACAGGCAGAGAGUUUUGCUUACAGACUGGAACUGAACGGCCAUCGGCGGCGCCUCACCUGGGAAGCCACACCACGGAGUAUCCACGACGGCGUACAGUCCGCCAUCAUGAACAGUGACUGCUUAGUAUUUGACACUAAUAUUGCUCAGCUCUUUGCCGACAACGGUAACUUGGGCAUCAAUGUGACGAUAUCCAUGACGUGAAUUCAGGGCUGUCUUGUCAUCAAUUACAAGUUCAGAAUGUCACGUCUUUCUCAGACUGGGAAAAUAGGAUCUGGUAGUGCUUCAUUUUGCUGCUCUUCCUCCAUUACUGAGCUCGAGGUUCGGUGUUCUUGUGCUGGGAGAGAGUGGAUCUAGCCACACUUUGCUGUGCUUUAUCUAUUCUUGAGUCCAUUACACAUGUUACUCCUGGUCUUCUUUAACUGUUAGUGAGUGGAUCUGCCCUGAAGUAGCAGCACUGAAGUUCGCUGCAUAUCAUCCAUUGUGAACAAUCUUAUUCUGUCUUUCUGGCUCGGGAAGAUAUGAUCUAGCCGCAAAAAAAUUGCUGCCUUUCCAGAGCUUUAUAGAGCCAUUCACUGAUUCAGUCUUUUAUGGAACUGUGUGUUUGGUUCAUUCAGCUGUUCUAAGUUUGCGCGGAAUUUGUGCUGUGAUGCAAAUUGCUAAAGUUGCACAAAUAAAUUCCCGGGUUUCUGUUUAUUUAUUAUGUUGCAGAUUUCUUUACUACUGGACGUUAUUUCAAGUGAAAGCUUGAUGGACUAUGUCAAUACAUGUAUGUCAUGUCAUGUCAUCUGUUAAACACUAAAGCAGGUUGUGGCAGGUUGUGCACUUGUACAUGAAAGUGUUAGUGAAUAUAAUAAUGGCGAGAACAGUGCUCUGAGUCUAACACCUAGGACCUGCUGGUUCUUGUUUGUGUGACAUGAGUUUAUAAGUUGAUUUAGUUCAUUGAAAUGAAGAAGAAUAGUGGGACCAAUCACAAUUAUCUACGUACGUCUGUUAUUAGAUUUGAAGUUUGCAUCAUCGAGGGAAAUGUGUGUCCAGCGAGAUGACGUUUUUACACAACUGAGGGUGUAUUUCUUUGACUUAUAUUUUCGACCACUAUUAGUCUGUGGCCGAGAGAAUAUUACAUGUAGUCAAGGUGAUAUUCCUUUAGUUUUGUACAUGUACAUGCAAAAACGAAAUCUCUCGGGAUAUUCUAACCAACUGGAUGAAAUCAUGGAACAUACAAGUCACUUGAAUCGGUCAAUGUUGAUGUAAACAACUUCAUCUUAGGACAUACCAUGAGAUGACUGUGGACCAAUUGUAAUAUUUAUGAUUAGGUAAGGAUUGAACUAAAGGGCAACAUAGAAUGUUGGAUCCCUUGAUUCACUUGUACAUGUACAUAGAGCUUGUUCAACUAAGCCUAUAAACUCGAACCUUAGAUUGAUAGCACUGUGAACUGUGGUUGAACAAGGCAUUCCACAGCUUUUGUUUCAUUUCAUUUUGUAUUUAAUGCUUCAUUAAAUUGAUUGCAUUGUCAGUUA